GUGUGCUGCUGUCUCGGCCCUGUGGUUGAGAUCCAGAGAUUGGGAGUAACAUUAUCCCUUAACAAGCAACAGCUUCUUGUGAAGAUGUUGUCUGCAAAAGACAUAGCUAAAGUCACCAUUGUCCUGCUUGCAAUUUGUUUCCUUACAACCACAAAUGGGAAACCUAUUAAGAAGAGAUCUGUGGGUGAGAUACAGCUUAUGCAUGACUUGGCCAAACAUCUGGCAGAGAAGGCAAGGUUGGAGUGGCUGAUUCAGCAGAUAAAAGAAGCGCACAGUUUUGUCAGCCCUGGAAACUCCCACACUAUGAAAGAAGGUUCUCAGAAGUCCUUCAAGAAGAAGGACAAUGUCCUUGUUGACAGCUAUCGUAAAAGUCUUGGAGAAGCAGACAAAGCUGAUGUGGAUGUACUAACGAAAGCUAAAUCCCAGUGA